AGUCACUGUGACAUGAUGUGAAAACCAUAUUAAUAUAUUAUAUCAUUGCUGCAAGUUCAACACGCCAAGACUCGGUCAAAACAAAUCCGCGAAUUUCAAGUUUGGUUUGGAAAGCGGAAGAGACACGUCGUAGGAAAUAUCUUAAGGAGAUAGCGAUACAGAAAAUUCAGCAAAUAAAAUAAUGGAUGGUAAGGACCAUCCUGUUGUCAGCCUAGACAUAGAAGAAGAAAGGCUGAUGAACUCAGCUGCAGAAGGCAUCGCUAAUGUGGAGAGUUUUAACGAAGGCAACGGUUGUGUUAGGAACGACGCUACAAACAACAACAUAAUUUCAGUCGGUGAGCAAGGUAACUCAUUCUUGGAACUCCGGUUAGAUUCAGGUGAGUCGAAACCGCCGAAUAGAGAUCAGAUUAAUCCUAAUCAUUUCUCAGACUUGGAAAAUGGAACUGCAAGUUUAAAAAAUGUGGACGGUGUCCCCACAUCAACGGCUGACCACGCCGCUGGGUGGACACAUGAAAACGUAAGUCCAGUCUGUUUUGAAAAUUCUGAAAAUAAAAGUAGCCUUUUGGAGGUACACACAACGGAUUCGGGUAGAAAGCAACACGUGACCCCGAACCUUGACCACCACGGACGUGUCACGAGACGAUGUAAAGCAGUGAGCUCCUGCCAGUCUCUGGCAUCACGUGUGUGCUCCUGGAGGUCCAUGAUGCUUUUAAUGCUUCACUUGUCGUUCGUGAUCAACACCAUCCCCAAGAACACGACCCCUAUAGCCAUAGUGUGUAUGGUCAGACCCCGAUCAGGUGAGACGCUGGGGGUUGGGUCGACGAACGCCACGACGAUUGGAGUAACUGAGGGUGUGCUUGGCUCACAGAUGGAAGGGGCGCUCAGUGCGGCGGUUCAGAGGAAUACGACAGGCGAGAAGGUGAGUUGAACAAAUCUAUACAAGGGUAAUAUGGGAAAGUGUGGAUGUGUAGCACUGAUUACCUCAUGCCACGAGUUCGGCUGUCGUGUGUCCAAUGCUGGCUACGAUGCGUCACAGUUUCGCUUAAAUAUUAACUGAACAAAAAUUUAAAAAACUGUCAACACGCUGUCUGUGGUCGUCUAUUCAAACAGUGAUUCAUAUUUGUACAAUGCUUCUGGUUAUCUAUUAACACAGUGAUUUACAGUGCCUGUGCUCGUCUAUUCAGACGGUGAGUUACUAUGUCUGUAGAAUGUCUUUGACCUUCUAUUCACACAGUGGUUUACCAUGUCUGUGCAGUGUCUUUGGUACUCUACUCAGGCAAUGACUUAACAUGGCUGUGCCAUGUCUUUGUUCUUCUAUUUAUACAGUGAGUUAGCAUAUCUGUACAACGUCACAUCUUUUGAGAGGCACUGGUCAUCGUUUGAGACAGUUAAUUGCCAUAUCUGUUUUUCCUCUCUUGAAGUACAAUCUACUUUUCAUUGAAAUUUCAAUAUGUUCUGAAGUGCCUAUAGCUUUAUAUAUUUUAUAUCCAAGUGAUAUAUUAUUGACAUCUUGACUACUUCUAUGCUAUUGUCGUUUUUAGCAAGUUUAAACGUACCACUUAUUGUUAGCAUUUUCUUCCCUUUUGAUUUUUUUUUUGAGGCGUGGUGUUUGGAAGUAUUCAUUCAUUAUUAAAACUUUUAAUUUUUUUUUAAAUUCUUGGAAUUUUAAUUUUGUGUAAUAAUUUUUUUUUUUUAAAUAUUUUUUGUACUGUCCGCCCCUGGCCCCUAUCAGGGUGAUGACUUCGAGUUUGACUGGGACUCCAAAACCGUGGGACUUGUCUUGUCAGCCUUCUCAUUCACGUCGUGGGUGGGGCCGUUUUUCGGUAACAUGGUACGCGGUUACCUUGGCAACAAGUGGACUAUGACUCUGCUAACUCUUGGCUCAGCAUUGACAACCUUGUUGUCUCCCCCUGCUGCACGCACUGGACCAAAUGUUCUGGUCGGACUCAGGGUCAUCUCAGGACUCGCAUUUGUGAGUAGUUUCGUCAUCUGAGGACUCGCACUAGUGAGUAGUUUAUAAUCAUCUCAGGACUCACACUGGUGAGUAGUUUAUGGUCAUCUGAGAACUCGCACUGGUGAGUAGUUUAUGGUCAUCUGAGGACUCGUACUAGUGAGUAGUUUAUGUUCAUCUGAGAACUCGCACUGGUGAGUAGUUUAUGGUCAUCUGAGGACUCGUACUAGUGAGUAGUUUAUGGUCAUCUGAGAACUCGUACUGGUGAGUAGUUUAUGGUCAUCUGAGGACUCGUACUAGUGAGUAGUUUAUGGUCAUCUGAGAACUCGUACUGGUGAGUAGUUUAUGGUCAUCUGAGGACUCGUACUAGUGAGUAGUUUAUGGGCAUCUGAGAACUCGCACUGGUGAGUAGUUUAUGGUCAUCUGAGGCCCAGCACUGGUGAGUAGAUUCACUGAAUUAAAAUAAGUUGUUCCCCAGUCUUGGAACUCUCUAUACCAAUUUUCGGUAUCGAAUUUGGCAGGUACGAGAAAGUAUUGGCUUGGUGUGGUUUUCAUAGGCUGCGACUAGUUGCUGUUUCGGUCGCAUAUAUUUUAAUCAGAGCUCUUUCGAGUGUCAUAACUCUAAUAGUAUUAACCUAUUCUUGAAAUGAAACUACGAGUCAAGCCUACUACGGUGCUUAAGAACUCUCCCUUCAUAAAGGGUGUGGAGGUUUAAAAAGAAAACAAAAAAUAACAUCGAGCUAUUUCCCUUUCAUUUUCCACUCCAAUGACCACCCUUGAAAGCAGGGAGAUAUUGCUAUAUUUUUGUUAGCGUUGCGUUUUUAUAACAUUACUUUCCCCCAGGGAGGAAACUUGCCUAUCGUUUCUGACACCGUUGUCUGGUGGACUCCAGAAUCUGAAAGGCUGACCGCUGCUACUGUGACAUUUUCUGGUAUGUUGAGCCUUAAGUUCAUGGCGUUAAACACGGUUUCAAAACGGGAAUCGCUUUGCAUGUCCUACUACAAUAGCAAAACAUUAGAACACAUAAAGCUCAAUUGUAGUAUACAAGAUUCUUCCAGUUUAAUGUACAGCAAAAUAUAAAAUUGAUCAGCAUCAUUUAGAAUAAAUUAUUCAAAAGUCUAUUUCUUCUCCUAGAAGUUAUUCUCAAAUGAUAUUUCCAAUGAAUUAAAAUAUACUGUCAUGUGAUUAGACGAUGCUGGAUGGGGAAAACCGUACAAUCCAAGAGAUGUAUCCAUUGUAUAAAGACCCACCCGUAGUUGCAGCCAUGAAAAAAAGAAAGGUAGCGCUGCAAAAUGAUCUACAGCCAGAAAACUAGAUGGGUGACAAGUCCAAUGAUCGAUCUAAUUGGAAGUUUGUGGGGGAGCAUGCCGGGGCCAUUGAUGAGCUGUCGCGCCACUGACGAUGAUGUUUAAAUGGAAGGAUGGGGUGGAGCAGGCCAUGACCCUUUAUGGCCUCUCACGCUACUGAUGGCAAAUAAAUUAAAAUGAAUAAACUUUUUUAAAAAUUUUUUUACGAAAUAAAUUUGAAAAUAAAAUAACGAGGCACUUGCUUGUAAAUUUCAAAUGUAUUUCACCAGGAUUUAACAUGGCUGGAAUCGUCACCUUCUUCAUCGCUGGCUUUUUGUGUUCUGUUCCCAUAGACAACGGUUGGCCGUUCAUCUUCUACAUCUUUGGUAAAACUGUCUUUCGUAAAGCUUACUUUGUGUCGUGAUGCAGUUAUGUUUUUGUCGUAAGUUAAUUGGUGUGUUGAUUAUUGAUCUUGUUCCAAUUUUUUUUCUCUUUCAAAUGGCUUGAAGUCAUUCCCCUAAUAUAAUUCUUGUUUGGCAUAAUUUGAAGAAGAUUCAACCGCCUGAACUCAUAAAGCUGUUUGUUAGAAUCAUCUUAAACUAUCUUUACACCAGGGGCCAUAACUCUACUGUGGACUCUAGCAUGGCACAUAAUGACUACUCAAAAGCCUGAAGACCAUCCGUGGAUUUCAGACGAGGAGAAGUCAUUUAUCAUCGCCACACGCAGUCAUGGCAUUGGGGCGAAAAAUGUGGGUGAAAAUAUAUGUAUGUAAAUCUCUGUGUAAGAUACAAAUUGUUCACCCCUGUUCGCAACAAAAUCAUUGAAUAAAUAGAAUGCAUCUUUUCAGAUAAAAUAUUGGCCGCUAAAUGAAGAUUAUGUUAAAUUGAUUACUGAAAAUAGAUAAUCAUCUUUAUCCAUCAGAGUCGUCAUGAGACUUUUUCUAGGCUCCUUUUUCUGUCGUAUUUCGAUUACGUGCCCAAAGCAUUCAAAUUUAACAGUUUUAUUUUUUUCCCCCCUAUAUUACAUUAUUGCGCCUUUUCAAAAUCCGUGCGCAAAAUUGCAGCCUAGGGGGUUGCAAGGCCCACACGAUGGCUCCGCAACCAAUGUAUUCAGUUAAAGACUUUAAAAAGAACUUCACAAUUAAUUAUAAUCAUAUAAUCUUUUGGCCUUUUAACUUCUUAGUAAUAAUCUUACAAUCUUUUGACCUUCUAACUUCUUAAUUAGUAAUAAUCUUGCAAUCUUUUGACCUUUUAACUUCAGAUCGAUUUCGUAAUUUUGAAUUAAAAAAAUUAUUACCAAUCUUCAAUCGAUGUUCCAACGCCCCCCCCCCCCCGCCCCUAUUCGAAAUUUUCUGUUACCAGACUCCACCGUAUUUCUAUGACAGCCAUUGAAAUGUGACGUAUCAAACAGUGACAGCCAUUGAAAUGUGACGAAUGAAACAGUGACAGUCAUUGAAAUGUGACGUAUCAAACAGUGGCGCCCCUAUUCGAAAUUUUCUGUUACCAGACUCCACCGUAUUUCUAUAUCUGUUUGAUACUCUCAGACAGGAAGAGGAGACAAGCCACCGUACCGAACCAUUAUGACGUCAGUUCCGAUUCUUGUGUACAUGGUCGUCUCGAGCGUGCACAUGUGGAGUGUGACGAUCGUCUACACGUACACGCCCGUGUACUUCUCAAGGCCGCUGGGCUUUACGUACGAGGAGGUAAUCCAACUCGUCUUUGAGGUAGAUGCAGAGGGCGUAGCUAAUUGAGGGCAGGGAGGGCAGAUGUCCAUUGGCGCCAGACAAGUUGGGGGCCUCAAAACGUAAUUUGAUACUAUUCUAUUGACGAGCGUUGACAAAAGACAGUAAGGCACUUUAAAAUGAAUCUUGUCCCCCGGGGCGCCAAACACUCUAGCUACGCCUCUGGGUAAAAUGAUAUCCCUUUUAUAAUGUAUUACUAUUACGUCUGCGAUGUUACGCCCAAGAAAAUAUUCAUGGAAUCUUAACAUAUGAAAUACCGUCUUAAUUUCACGUUCUCAUUGGCUUGCUGUCAUACUUUAUAUGGAGGGUUCACAUACAAACAGUUUUUUAAUUAUUUUUUUUUAAAGAAUCCUAUCUUUCAAACCUUUAGAAACAUUUCUUCUGUGAAGUUCACGCAAAUUGUAAAUUUAUUUUCAUGGCUUCUUGUUCGUUCUAGGACACACCGUCCACCUAGACUCAGUACUAACUCGUACCAUAAAUGUAACCAUAUACAGGCAUGGGCGCCCGCAAGUAGGGCAAGGUGGGGCACUUGCCCCCCCCCCCUGGAUUGAUUGGAUAAAACAUUUUUAGACAAAAAUAGACACAAAAUGUAUUAAAGUAAAGAGAAAAUAAAGAGAAAGUAACUAUGCUGAUGUCCUGUCCGUUCGUUCACCAUACAAAUACGCUACAGUAAAUUAAAACUACAUUAAAACAUUACUAAAAGUUUUUUGCCCCCCCCUCCCCGAAAGUUAAUCGAUUUUUUGCCCCCCCCCCCAGAAAGUUUUCUGCGGGCGUCCAUGGAUACAGGAGUCAAUACGACGGAUCAUAUGCUCAGCCAAAUUACACAACAUAACGUAACGUUUUAGGUCAAGACAAAAAGAAUUAGUAGAUGUCUUAAUAUCUAAAUUUCCAUUGACUCAAUGGUCAGCCGGUGAAAGUGUCCACUUGUGAUAAUCUCACGUCAGACAGGUGUGCUGGUGUCGGCCGUGGCGUUUUGUCGCCUGUUCGGGGCGUACGUCUGGACGGUCAUCGGGAACGUGUUAAUGAAAAGACCUGGGAUGACCACCAACAAGAACAGAAAGAUCAUCUUCACAGCAGGUGAAUGAACUGAUGUUUUAAAACCAGUUUUUGACAGUUGGGGAGCCUGCUUGAAGUUUCAAGACGUUUUAUAGGGGGGGUGGGUCAAACGGUUACCUGGUACGUCAGGGCGUGACUUCGGGGGUUCAGAACAUGACUUGUGUCAUCAGAACAUGACUCGUGCCAUCAAAACAUGACUUGUGUCAUCAUGAAUUGACUUGGGGAGGCAGGAAGUGAAAUUUGGAGCAAACAAGUGACUUGUGUCCUCUUGGGUCGACAGGAUUUGACUACGAGUCAGCGCGAGAAUUAGGGCGUGAGAAUGUAACAGUUGAAGGUGCCUUUAAGAGUCAGGGCGUUACUUCGGGCGCAAAGAGAGUUUCAGGAGGACAUUUAGUGAAUUUAUUAAGGGUUUUUUAAUCCAUAAAUUUCCUAUGCACGUUAUUUAACAAAUAAUUCUACUGAGUUACUCAGACCAAAUGUCGAAAUGCAAUUUUUAGGCGACCGAAGAUGAAGAUAGAGUUCUGUUUUAUUGUAAAUAAUUGCAACAGUUAUGUUAUCUCGUCUUUACCACACACAAAAAAAAAGAGAAGUUUUGAGAUGAUUUAUGACAUUAUUUUGAACUGACAUGAAUUUUUAACCCCAAUAGGGUCCGUCGUAUCGGGGAUAUUUCUAGUGGCCGUGGCCUUCAUAGACUCGGACCUCAGGUGGUUGGCCGCGGCCCUGAUGUUUGUCGUGAUGUUGUCCCAGUCCGUGUACGCCGUGUUGAUGCCGGUAUUAGCUCUGGACAUGGCGCCCAGGUAAAAAAAAUCAACACCUGAUGCAAUGGUGAUUGAUCAAAUGAUAUUUAAAUCACGCCCUAGCCUUUUCCCUACCCUCCCCUCUCACAAAACCAAAUCUUCUUUAUCCCCUCCCCUCCCCCCCCCCAUCCCCACGCCCUUAAUUCUGACUUUGACAUCCAUUUAGAUUUUACUUGUUACCUCCUCGCUCCCUCACAUUGUUUUGCACUCGGCACCCUCCCUUAAAGAUAAAUGCCCUUCCAUCCACCAAUUCCCCACCAAUCUCUUACCCUCACACCACUCAUCCCACACUCCCCCCACUCGGCUUUUAAAAAGUAUCCCAAAGUCCGAACACGUUCCUCUUGACCUCUACUCACCUCCUUGUUGCACUCUCCCAUGCACUGUCCCGUUGUAUUUAUGACUAUCCACUUUUGCAUAAUUUGAUGAUUACAUACGAUACCAAAUGGAACCUUUAAUACCCCUUUAGUUAGACUACGUUAAUCGUAAAUAUACACAGCUUCUGUACUAAUAUUUUUUUUUUUUAAAUUGUUUUUUAAAAAUAAAAAAAAAUAUAUAUAUAUUUUUUUUUAUUCUGAGCUAAACCAUUAAUUCCAAAGAUAACUUAAAGAGUUCUCGCUCGUCUGCUUGCCUGUCAGGUACGCGGGAUUCAUCUCCGGCGUCACCUUGUCUAUAGCGUAUGUUGUGGCCAUACCCGGCCCCCUGAUGGUCGCUGCAUUGACGCCAACGGUAAUUGAUAAAGAUUAGUUUGAGCAUUUUUACCCUAACUCUAAAAAAAAUGAUAUACUAUUUUCGUUUUCUUAAAAAUCAUAAUAUCCGUUUGCUAAUCUCUCAGAAUCGUAAAACAAACAAACAAAAAAACAACAACAACAUAUCUCUGAAUCGUGAAGGACUAAAGAGCUGAAAUGGUAGGACAGUGUACAGCAGAGUUUUGUUUAAAAAUGUGUUGUAAAUCCUUGAUUUACUUAUUCCCCUUUAGUUGUACUUAAAUUUGCAAGUAAGAUAAAACAAGAUGUAAGGGCAUUAAAGUUAUUUACAGUAUUUCUUUCAGGCAUUGAUGGGGGGUGGGGUGGGAGUGGGGGAGUGCCCCUGAGGCAAGUCACGGAGAAGUUUACAGCAAUAAAACGAACAUAUGUUAACUUUAAAAAAAAAAAAAAACAAGACAAAAUCUUAAUUUGUAUAAAAUUUAAAAAAAAAAAAAUGGGGGGGGGGGUGGGGGGGGGGGGGUGACCCUGGAGGAAGUCACGGAGAAGUUUACAGCAAUAAAACGAACAUAUGUUAAAUUUAAAAAAAAAAAAAAACACGACUAAAUCGUAAUUUGUAUAACAUUUAAAAAAAAAAGAAGAUAAUUAUUGCCUUGAACCGAUUACAAACAGUGGACACAAUGAAAUAUCGAUACUUUGGUUAUAUUUGAUGAUCCGUAAAUGUCAGGCUAAUUUUGUUGGAGGCUUACGCUGUUCGAUUAUAAACAUCUUACUGUGCCGAAAAUUGGCCGCUUCUGGCUAUUAUAAGCAAACACCUCACUGUUGUGGACUUAUUUCGUUAUAUAUAUUUAUAAAUAUGUUCAACUUCACACGUUUAAAGACUUUAUAAACAUGGUGUUACAACAACGUUUACAUCAAUAUAAAGUUCUAUAAUUUUAUUAUGGUUCUUGCAUUUCUAAAACAUAUCAUCUUUUUUUUUUAAAUUGUUGAAGUAAUUUAUGAUAAUGAGCUCAGCGCUGGCCUUUUGAACUGACCACUGUUAUUUGUCUUCUUUGUCAGAACGCGACCACAGAAUGGGCAACAGUUUGGCUCAUCAUGGCGGCAGCGAUGUUUGCCACUCUCGUCAUAUUUCUGGUGUUCGGCCAGGCCUCCCCUCUACCAUGGGCUGACGCCGAUGUUCCGUGUGGUCCAGCUGCGGGAACGCAAAACGACCGCAUCAUGAGGAGCGACUCUCCUGACACUGACUGACACUGAUUGACACUGACUGACACUGACUGACACUGAUUGACACUGACUGACACUGACUGACACUGAUUGACACUGACUGACACUGACUGACGCGGGCGAUGACCACAAGGCUGCUUUUUUUUAAAAUUAAAUUAGCCACCUUGUGUCCCAUGUCCAGUCUCCUGAUCAUAUCUCUAGACCUAGUUGACCGGACAGACUACGCAAAAUAAAUUUGCGUUACCCGUAGAAGGAGUCAGUAACCCAAUUUGUUCAGCCUAUUUCUUUCCUUAAUCAUGGGUUACCGGCCUUGGUAGCAAAUGCUUCAGAAAAUGUAUCAAAUCAUGAAUUUAUUGAAUGUUUCUAUUGAGACGAAGUCGACCACGUGAUAUAAACAGUGCUGUCUUGGAGGUUGUACGGCGUAAAAGGUAUAUUUUGUUUCGUAAGAAGGCGUGCACCAUAUACUUUUUAAUGAUGAUCAUUAUAUAAUACUUUAGCUUUUAAGCAUUUAUAGAUUCAUGACUGAUAGAUUCAUGACUGAUAGAUGACUGAUAGAUUCAUGACUGAUAGAUGCAUCACUGAUAGAUUCAUGACUGAUAGACUUAUCACUGAUGGACUCAUCACUGAUAGAUUCAUAACUGAUAGAUUCAUCUCUGAUCGAUUCAUCACUGAGAGAUUCACCACUGAUACACUCAUCACUUUAUGACAGUCUUCAUUAAUCAGCCGAGUCCGCGUGGACGAUGUUCAUUUAUAUUUAGCAGGAAAGAAAACCCACUUUGAUGUCAGGUUGUAAUCGAUUAUUAUUGAUUAUGG